UCUCUCUCUCUCUCUCUCUCUCUCUCUGUGUGUGUGUGUGUGUGUGUGUGUGUGUGUGUGUGUAUGUGUGUGUGUGUGUUAGGUGUACCUCUGUGCAGAAGAGUGUGGAGACCAGAAGUCAGCCCAGCUGUUGUUUUUAAGGCCAUCCACCUUAUUUCUUUUGAGGCAGGAUUCCUCACUGGCCUGGAGCUGGUCAAGUGUCUAGACUGGCCAGUGACUGCCAGGGAUCUUCUGUGCCAAUUCCACAAUCUCAGAGUAAGAGCCUGUGUGACUGAUCUGGCUUUUUAAAUGUAACAUUUGCAGCGAUUUCUAGCUACGAUGCCUUCACCCAGUGAGGAGGAGGAGUCCCCAGACACCAGCCCUGCACCCAGCAUCUUUGAAGAGGAAAGCUUCCAGUCUCAAUACAGAAUCCUGAGGACCAUCGGCCACGGGAGCAAUGCCAAGGUCCAGCUGGCCCACCACCGCCUCACGGGUACCCCCGUGGCUGUCAAGGUACUUCGGAAAAAGAAGUGGUGCCAGCCAAUCAGGUCUGAGGUAGAGAUAAUGAUGAUAACCAACCACCCCAACAUCAUCUCACUUAUCCAAGUGAUCGAGUCCGAGAAGAGAACAUACCUCGUCAUGGAGCUGGCUGAGGGCCAACAGCUUUAUCAGUACGUCCGAAAGGCUGGCCACCUGCCGGAACAUGAAGCCCGGGGGAUCUUCAGGCAAAUAAUAGCCGGUGUGAGCUAUUGCCAUGACCAAGGUAUAAUCCACAGGGACCUGAAACCAGACAACAUCAUGCUGGACGAGAAGGGAAAAGUCAAAAUCAUCGACUUCGGCCUCGGCACCCAAGUCAAGCCUGGGCAAAGGCUAAGCCGGCACUGCGGCGCCUACUCCUUUGGUGCCCCUGAACUCUUCCUCGGCAGACUCUACGAUGGCCCCAAGGUCGACAUAUGGACCUUGGGAGUAGUCUUAUAUUUCAUGGUAGUCGGUAAGGUCCCAUUUGGCGCUGUCAACAUACCGGAGCUGCGGAGGCAGGUUGUGUCAGGGAAGUACACCGUCCCCUUGGGCCUGUCAGAAGAUCUCCAGGACCUGCUUAGCCUCUUGAUGACGGUCAACCCCAGGCUUAGGCCAACAGUGGGUGAAGUGAAAGCACACCCCUGGCUCAGGAAAGACACGGAGGCUUUACCAAAUCACUGUGAAGAAAUGGCCCCCAGCCUGCUUGACCCUGCAAUUGUGAAAGCCAUGGAACAUAUUGGGUUCCAAGCCCAGGAUAUCAAAGAUUCAUUUCAGCAGAGGAAAUUCGACCAGACCAUGGCAUCCUAUUGCUUACUGCAAGGCCAGGCUCUCCAGGGGUCUGGCCGCACAACACGUGCUCAGACCACGAAUCCGGGGGCCACACCGUUCCCUUCCCUAGAGGAUCCUGGUGCUUUCCCGCUGGCACCAAGGAGGAGGGGAAGUGAGCCCGCCCUUCGGGCAUUGCUCAGAGGGUCAUCCUCUAACGGUCAGGUGUCUGCCUAUGGCCAGCAGGCAGGUCAAAGAGGGGCCAGAAAUGCCACCGGGCUGGCUCUUCCUCUCUGCAGGCCACUCCAGAGGACACCCACACUGGACCAGGUCCACCAUCAUGCCAGGAGUGCUCCCUGCAUCUACUCCAAGAGCAGCAUCAGUGAGGACACAGAAGACAGUUCAUGCUCCCACGGUGCCUCAGCAGAGGGCAAGUCCACCCACAGCCAGCGCAGAGGCCUGAGGGCAUGGGCAAGGAGGAUAGGAAACGCCGUGACCAGACUGUGCUGCUGCUGUCCAUCAAGGAAGAAACCUCGCCGGGGUCAGAACAGCGUCUCCCCUCAGAAAUGAGGCACAAGGAGGGCGUCUGGAGAACCCUUGUGCUUGUCCUGCCUGCCUGCUCCGAGCUGGUCCCGCCUCCAUUGCUGACUUCCUACCUUCUCCAAGUGCUUACAUUCUUUCCUACCUCAACCUUCUCCCUCUGUAUGUCUCCUCUUCCCAGCAUGGACUCAGUACCACGGAUGCGGACCCCACUCUAGGAAGUUCUCUCACUGACCUCAUCUCUUCACCUGGACUCCAUCUCCUCCCAAAGCCAACAGCUCCCACACGAUGAGGACUGGAGGACUAUGGGCUCAGGGACCCUUCCAGGGGCCACCAACCCAAGCACAUGUGGCCGUGGGUCACAAGAGCUGUAGAACAGAGCCUCAGGUUUUCAAAAGCAACAUCACAUUCCAUAAGCCUCAAAACCGAUAACCAACGAUGAUGCCAUCAGCUAAGCGUCCUCGUAUAGAGUGCUGCUGGCUGCUGAAGACAGUCCGUCCUGCGUGCAUGCACAGUCUUUCGCAUACUGAUUAUCCCUUUGUUCCUAAGAGCUAGUGAUGCACAGAUUUUUAUAGAAAACAUUUAUAAAAGAUUUCUUUCAAAGAGUUCAACUGGGAAGUAGAAAAAGAAGACAUGAUACAGUAAGGCAAGUCAAAACCCGAGUAAGGCAGCAUUCUAAGAAGUAAUUAAAUCUACUUCAUUAUUUCUUUUGUCCAGAACAAAUUAUCUUGUCUCUUUCACGGUGUCAUCUGGAAAUUCUGUCUGGUCCUGAGUAGAAACAGGAGGUGAUUUCAGACACAUGUUCCAAGAAGAGACACAGCAGCAGCAGCUGACCCCCUGGCUUCCCUGCCCCUGUGGGAAUCGCUGACUGAGUACUCCUGGAGCCAGACGCCAUGAUUAGGAAGAUGUUCGGUUUACCUGAACACCAAUAUUCCUAGAAGACAUGUAGAUAUUCCUGGCCUGAACUGUUCCCUGGGAGCUGGAGCUGGAAGAAAAGGCAAGCACACUGUGUUCCUGAUGAGGAACAGCUCUCCACGCUGAUGACCGCAACGUGUCUUAUCUAAGCAUGUGCUCAGAUGACUUGAGAACAUCAACCCCUGCCGUUGAGGUAUUUCUCGUAGACACAUAGACUUCCGCAUCCCGAGGAGUGAUUCUGCUCCUCAAGGGCAGAUUGCUGUUGUAUCCACCACAGGUUGGUGAAUACCGACUCUAAAAUGCCUCUUCAGUGUGCCAGGAGUGAACAAGUUCCUCACAGAUGGGGUUGUUUGGAGCCACAGGACAUGGGCACAGGACCUAAGCUACCAGGCAGCUCCCAGAUGUAUAUAUUUAUAAGCAGAAGACAUUGUCUCUGUGCUGGAAGAAGUCUGAGUGUCCAGAUGGGCCUCACCCUCAGUGUGCCUGACAGGAACUUCAGCCAACACUCGCCCACUGGACAGAACAAUGCUCUGGCACAGACCUCACUUCAGGCUGUGACCUUGGAGCCACAGACCACUGAUUGCCUUGACGUGUUGGAGAGGGGGCAGGCAGCCCACGCUGAGGAGUCUUGUCCGUGAGAAGGUCUUCCCAGAAAGGACUGCAGUUGAAAGGGAAACACCACCAAGAUCAAAAUGCCAGGCUCUGCUAUACGUCAAAAGCUAUCGUUAUUGCAUACAUAAAGUUAUAUGUACUAUGGUUAA